UCCGUUUGCAUGUAACAGGCGUCCCACUAAAGAGCGAGUCAUUCUUUCCAAUAGCUCAUGCGUUUGAGGAUAUAGUCUCAACACCAGACUGUAUUCGUCGCUGGGAUUUGCUUCGUCAGCAGCCUACGCAUUCUUCCACUGGUGACCAUAAAAUCAUCCCUCCUCCAGCCAGGAGAUGUUUCUCCAGAAGGGACUAAGUUUGACCAGCCUUGCCUGCCUGUCCCUGCUCCUCCAGGGCCCAGGCUGUCCUGUGGAGGGGGGAGGGGACUUUGGCUCCGAGCCAGGUGCCGACCCAGACCAGGGGGGCCAGGAGUGGGGCUCUGGUACCUUGCUCCUCCAGGAGCUGCUUCACAGCUUCCCAGCCGACAGCCCGUUUGUGUUAGAGACCCCGGGGAAGCCGGCCAACUGCUCCCAGCGCUUCUGGCUGCCCUCCUCCUUCCCGGUCUGCUGGGACAGCAUCGCCGGCCCAGAGGAGUUUGAGCAUUCCAGGCUGCUGGUUCUCCAGAACCGUGCGGCUCUGCAGACCGUGUCCCAGUCUAGCGGGGCCGAGGAGGGGGGGCUGUCGUACAACCAGCAGGUCCUGGAGGAGGUGCAGGGGAUCAGGGCGGAUCAUCUGAGCAUGGAGGAGACCAUGGAGAGCAUGCGGAAGGUGUUCCAAACUCAGGAGGAGAACAGGAUGGAGGGGAAGGUGUUCCUAACCCAGGAGGAGAACAGGGUGGAGGGGAAGGAGACUGUUGCCUUCUCAAGUAUAAAGGAGCAUAUUGCAAUCACCAGGGCUUCCUUGAGUAGUAAGGAACAUGCGGCCGUGGUUCUGGAGGGGCACUUCUCCAGCCUGGAGAAGUCUUUACACAUCAUGCAACACCGACUUAACAGACUAACGGCUCAGUAAAAACGUUAUAGUCUGCUGCCUGUUUGAUCUCGAGUUGCACAAUGAGUGGUAAUCAUCCUAGUAUUUACAACAUUGAUAUUCUUGUGUACUGUAUUGCGUAAUAAAGUAUAAUCUAAUAUUGAAUAAUGCAUGCCCUCUCAGGACUGUACUGCACUAUAGGCACGCUUUUAGUAUCUGUAUGUCUGUCCAGGGUCAGCUCGUGUUCUUGUUUGUAUGCCUUCACUCUGCAUGUAUGAUACUGUGUCAAGGAGGGAUGCUCAUGAACAUGUGGAAAUAAACUCUAUUUUUAUAAUCACAGUGCAUAA